ACAGGUUUCUGAAAAGCCUCACGCUAAAGAACCAAUUUGAUCCUGAAUUUAUCCAUAUUGAAACGGACAAUUAACAGCAACACAGCAACAGCACUGCGAUUUUUGCUACAUGGUCUGCUAAUUUGCAAUUAGAUAAUUGAGACCCAGAUCUGCACAAAUAGAGGGAUAAGAAGAAAAGGCAGGACCGAGAGAUACGACCAUAAUGCGCAUCUCUGCCCGUCGCAUCAUCAUCUCCCGUCCUCACUCACCAUCCUCUGUCCUGACCACAUUCCGCCAUGACAGAAUACCACCCCGUCGUCUCCCAUACUCCACCCUCAGUCCGUCCGACUUACCCGACUCCGGCACCAGCUUCCCGGAUCCAAAGACCUUCCCCUCCGUGCGCUAUCCGACCACGAACCCGAACCUGCGGCAUCCAGAUGCAUCCCCCUACGGUCUUUUCACCGAGCCAAAGUCGAGCCGGGGCGCUAGUCUUGCGCUGGACAGCGCGGUGAAGGCGUUGAAGCUUACCGGGCCGUAUCCGGUGAUCAAUUGGCAGCACUGGGUCGAGAAUACUAGCGCGAGGAGUAAGAGCGGCGAGGGCGAUGUGCUGAAUGUGCAGCGUCGGAGUCCGUCGUUGACGAAAUACCCGGUUGUUUUGAAAUUGGUGAUGUUUCCAAAACAUUUACUUGACGUGUUUUGGUACUUUAUCGCCUCGCGCCGUCUACGAGACUCUGUCGACCAACGGAUCAGCAUCCCACCCGGCGGCUUCAAAGAGCUCGUAUCCUCCGUGAUUGCGAGCGAACUCGACACCUGGCCGUCGACGACAGUCGCCGCGACGCUCGACGACAUGCGCAAGGAAUAUAACGCGACCACGGGGUCGACUCCAACGAAAACCAAGACCGAGCAAAUUGAAGUCUACGUGCCUGAUCCAAGCGAGCUUACGAGGGCGGAGUUUCAUGCCCUGCGGAGGACGGGGUCGUUUACGGCAUGGGUUUUGUCGUUGGUUGGGAUGAAUGCGGUUUUUGCGCGGUUCUGCAUGCCGAGUCUUGCGCCGUCGGUCGAGUUAUCAAAAAGUGCAGAGGACGGGAUUAUAAAAGCAUGGGAGGCCAGCAUCCUCUCUGCGCGCAAGACAUAUCUCAGCGCCCACGGCACACCCGAUCUCUCAGCCUCGACGAUCGACACGUUCAAAAAAGCAAUCCCGACGUGCACGCAGGACGAGCUAGUUAAGAUUGCGAAAGCGGUCGGCAUGCUUCCGAGCUGGAUGCCGGCGGCGCUGGUCGUGCGCGCGCCGCUGAUGGAGGCGUUGUUGGCGCAUAUGGCGUUUUUGAGAGCGGAUAAUGUGUUGAUCGGACGGUGGGGUGGGGUGUGGAAGAUGGACGAGAGGGAGGUAAAUUGGGCUUUGCUCCAGCGUGGAUGCAUUACCUCCGGUCUGACGCUCGAGCAGAAAAGAGCACAGCUGUAUAUGCUGAUAACAGCACUGCUUGAUCUCCGUCACGACGCUCUGUUUUUGAUAUCCCCCACAUCGCUAUCGACAGCCGAACUCGAUCGGAUAUGUCGAUUGAGAGAGAAACUCUGUAUCGACACGAAGAAGCUCGGAUACUAAGAGUACGCGGGAUCAUGUAAAUAUUCAUAGAGGU